GAUGGGCCGACCGACCAACUGUAGUCAAGUGUGUGUUUGUGUGUGUUCGUUGCACGAAACGUGUCUGUCAGUAAAGGCACACACAUACACAAACCUGAGACGUUGUAGCUAACGUUUUAUUCAUGAAUUGAAAGUUUCAUAUAGGUUAGUUUCGAUGAUAUACUAUAUACAGCAAGGAAUUUGGCCUUUGAAGCUCAGGAUUUAUCCGACUCCGUUCCCACUGAAGACUGUCCGCUCCUCCUCCCCUCGAUGAAGCGCUGCGAUGCCCUCUGAUUUUAUAUCCCUCCUUAGCACGGAUAUUGACCUCAAUUCCCCUAAAUCUCUCUACUCUAAAGAGUCAGUAUAUGACCUCCUCCCCAAAGAGCUCCAGCUUCAGCCAUCGUCCACCCAGACAGACCCACCCACCAUGAGCCAGAAGAGCGGGGGAGAGGCGGGACCUCCCCCCUCUGCAACGUUAGCCUCAGAUGUCACCACAUCCACCUCCAGCCCCUCUGCCUCUUCUUCCCUGGCCAUGGGACUCUCAUCCAGUGGCCUCUCUACUUCUUCCUCAGACCAUCUCACGGUUUCUCAGCACCUCCACUCCGCGGUAGGGGAUGGAGCCGGAGCAUCAGAGAUGCAAGGUAUGGAGGCCGCCGGAUCCGCCCCUAGCAGAGGCAACGGUGGGGCGAACCCCACAGGCGGGGACGUAGGGACUGGAGUGCUGUCAGGGCUAUGUGUGCAGCAGCUCCAGAACACCCCGUCAAAGCGAAGGCCUGUGUUGAGCAUAUCGCCACCACCAGAAGAUCUGUUCGAUGACAGCCAAAUGUCUUGCCAAGAGGAACCCACCUUAUCGACUGUGCCGUGUCCGGACUCGGAGCACAGCAGCAGCAUGUGGGCUGAUGACUCUGGGUCCAACUUUAGCUUGAUCAGCUCCAUCUCAUACAACGACAACACAGAAGUGCCACGCAAAUCCAGGAAACGCACCCCUCGCCAACGCCCGGGCCCCAAGCCUGCUCCUCUAGAGAACAGCAUGGACGUGUUUGAUGCUGACAGCGCCAAGGGUCCUCACUUUGUCCUCUCCCAGCUGAGCACAGACAAGACCAGUGCAAUUGCAAGCUCUCUCGAUUCAGGCACUGCAGCGAAAGGUGGGUCACUGUCUGCUCAGUUUCCUCAGAGAAGUGAUGGAAAGGAGCUCAAGAUCCUGGUGCAGCCAGAGACCCAGCACAGAGCUCGGUAUCUAACGGAGGGCAGCAGAGGUUCAGUUAAAGAUCGCACACAGCAAGGAUUCCCCACUGUCAAGUUGGAAGGCGUUAGCGAACCAGUGGUUCUUCAGGUGUUUGUUGCCAAUGAUGCAGGCAGAGUGAAGCCUCACGGUUUCUAUCAGGCAUGUCGGGUUACGGGACGCAACACCACUGCCUGUACGGAGGUGGACAUAGACGGCACCACAGUCAUAGAGAUCCCUCUGGAGCCCAGCAAUGACAUGACGCUAGCUGUGGACUGUGUAGGAAUUUUGAAGCUGCGUAACGCAGACGUAGAGGCACGUAUCGGUGUGGCAGGAUCCAAGAAGAAAAGUACACGUGCCAGGCUGGCCUUUAGAGUCAACAUCCCCCAACCUGAUGGAUCAGUGCUCACUUUGCAGGUCCCCUCAUCACCCAUCCUCUGCACCCAGCCAGCUGGACUGCCAGAGAUCCUGAAGAAGAGUCUCCACAGCGGCUCAGUGAAAGGAGGCGAGGAGGUUUUUAUAAUUGGAAAGAACUUCCUCAAAGGAACUAAAGUUAUAUUUCAGGAGAACAUUACAGAUGAUAAUUCCUGGCAUGCCGAGGCAAAGAUUGAUAUGGACCUUUUUCAUCAGAAUCAUUUGGUGGUGACAGUCCCUCCGUUCCAAAGCCAGUCCAUCACUUCUCCUGUGUGUGUGUGGAUUUAUGUGAUGACCAAUGCUGGUAGAUCACAUGAGGCCCAGCCUUUCACUUACACUCCAGAAUCAGCAGAUAAUUCAAAUGUCCAGACAGUAAAAACAGAAGGAACCUCCCUGGUCAACACCUGCAUAUUUGAUGGCCAAAUCAAAUCUCUGUCCUCUGAGCAAAACGACUGCUCUAACCAGCCUUCCAAACGCCAAGAGGACACACCUAUGGAGGUUUCCAGCAAUCCUCAACCCACAGAUGUUUUCAAACCAUCCCCUGACCCUCUGAUCUCAGUGCAGCAGACUCUAGAGCUCAACUCAGGUCCACAUUCAGGAGGAGAGACUUUUGAGAGCCCAAUGCCCCUACAGCCUGAGGAUGUUGAGCUUCCCCAGGCACCCCCUGUCUUCGCUAGCCUAGAGUCUCUCACCACCAUACAAAAGCAAGAGAUUUCUUCCACGACGUCCUUCCCAGUGCCAGGAGAUACCACCAUACCCCCAGUAACACCAGAAGUUCCUCAGCAGUUCCUCAGAGACCCUCAAGAAAGCCUGUCUCCUGAGAGCUCUGAUAAUAGUGGAACAAUUGUGGUUGUAGCCAUGCCUCCAAUAGCAACUCCUGCUCAGCCACAACCGCAACAGUCACAGGUUACCCUCUAUCCCCAGGAAGGUGUUGCCCAGUUGGAGAGGGCAGUUAGGGAGUUGCAGGCUGGAGGUACCACCACCCUUGAGCAGGUGCUGGAGGUGGCUGUGGCCCAGCAGCAGCUGAACUCAGUGCUUUACAGUCCCACACCUUCUGCGGAGUCCUUACAGCAGCAUGUCCAGGAGAACAUGAACAGCCUUCGUUUGGGAAACUCGGAUAAUUCACUGACGGCGCAGCAACAGAUACAAAUGCAACAGCAGCAGCAACAGAUACAAAUGCAGCAGCAGCAGCAACAAAUGCAACAGCAAUUUCAGCAACAGCAACAAAUCCUUGAAAACCUGCAGCAACAGCAGCAGGUCCUCAGCAACAUGCAAAUCCAACAACAACUCAUGUUGCAGCCUCAAGACCAACAACUGCAGCAGCAACAGAUCAUGGAGAAUAUUCAACAGCAACAGAAUCAGCAACAGCAAGUCCUGAACAAUAUGCAGCUCCAGGAUCAGCAACAGCAAAACCAGAUUCUGACCAAUUUGCAGCAGCAUCAGCUGCAGCAGCAACAGCAGCAGGAGCAGCAGGUCUUGGAGAAGUUACAGCAGCACCUACAAGCUGAGCUGCUCCAGCCCCAGAUUCACUCCUCUACCCAAGCACAGCAGCCCGUCUCCCUUCUGCAGCAGGCAGGAGAGCUGCUCACCAUCCAGACCAGCUUCCCAACUCAGCCUCCAUCCCACACAUCUCCACCGCAACAACUUUUCCAGUCACCCCAGCCGCUGGCUGAGACCCAGAGUUCCCAGCAGCAGGUACAGGCUGCCCUGCUUCAGAAUACACUGAAAGUUCUCUCUGGUGGCGGUCUCAGCUCAGAUCAGCAGUCCACAGGCUCAACCAUAUUCUUAUCCACUAACCAACAGCAACAGCAGCCCCAGCUGGCCUUCAUCUCUUCCAUGGAGACAUCAUCCAGCCAGCCCCAGCCUGUUUCAAUGUUCCAGAACCAACCUCCAACCCAGCUUUCCCAGCUGCAGUCACAGAACACGCCAAUGGAGCAGCAACAAUCCCCGCAGCAGAACCCACAGCAGUCACAACAACUCCCAAUGGGCCAGCAGGCCUCCUUGUUUCAAAAUAUCACAAACCACUCACAGGCAAACGCUGUUCCCCAAAACCAGCUCUCCCAGUCCCAGCAAACAGGCCUGCUCCUCUGUACCACCGAUCUAAACUCACAGGCCAUUCUGUUCAGCACCCCGACUCAAGCUGCUCCCCCUAUCGGAAGCCUUAGUGUUGGAAUCCCCCAACCAGAUACAGCAGAGCCCAUGUCCUUCCAAGUUCAAAGCUCCUCAGAGAGCAACUCCACACCCACAGCAAACCAACAGCAGAGCUUAUUCCAGGAACAGCAGCCAAUGCAGGUGACUCCAAGCCCCAGGCAGGUCCCCAGCAGCCAAUCAAUGAAGCUGUUCAUACCACAGACAUCUCUGUCAGGCCUGCAGGGGACUAUUGGCUCCCAGGAGCUGAACAACGAAUCUGCAGCUCCUGCUGCAACCAUCUUUGUUGUCCAGGGUGGGGUUGGUGUGGUUGCCAGCCCGGGUCAGCAGCCACCAGAGCAGCUUUUCCAGACCACAGUGGGCGGUAACGUAGCCUCACAAGGACAGCCUAACCUGUUUGUGUUUGGCAUUCAGAAUGACUCAUCCCAGUUGCUGAGUUCUUCUGGACCGAACCUGCCUGCUCAGACCCAAGCCCAGAGCUCUGGUCACAUGCAGCCUCUGUUGGAUCAGCCCAUGGCUCAGGCCGCCUCCAACAUGCACAGCAAUCUGCAAAACACAAUUCAGGCACAAAUGCAAACCAGCCUAGAAAAUGCACUGCAGUCAAACACACAAACUCCAAUGCAGACCAGUCUGCAGACACAGAUACAGAGCAGCUUACAGAAUCAAAUGCAGGCAACGAUUUCUGCAACAUCUGGCAUGGAUAAAAUCGAGGACAUACUGGAAAGCCUGCAGAAGCAAUGAAACAUGUUUGGACAGAUGUGUAGCUUAAAGUUACAUUUCGUAAUAUCGGCAAAGGCCGUGUGUUGGUUUUUAGUGCCAAUGCCAUAAAACAAAAGAAAAAGAUCUAAAUAUUUAAUAACAAUGCCCUUUUACUAAAAAUCCAAAUUAUGAGCUUUGACACAAUUUUUAAAAGGUCAUUAUUAAUUCCUUAUUCAUUUUAGCUUCCAUUCAUUGCUUUUGAAUUGUUGAAUCCACCUUUGUAAUUACACAUCUUGUAAAUUAAUGAGGCCCGGAGGAACCGCUCGAUGCAUUAUUCUUAAAAAGUGCUGGGUUGUUGUUCUGUGUUUAGAAAAUGUGAGCCUCAGAGAUGAUGCUACAAACCUGCCAGGUCUGGGAGGAGAAGAAACUAGAAUGAGAUAAAAAGCGUCGGCCCCUUGGAGACAUCAUGCACAAUAGGGAUGAGGAUGUUCCAGGGAUGUGUUGGGAAAAGGCUGAAUCUCAUUUUGUGACUGUGAACUCCAAGGUUUCAUUUCAUUUCAGAGGCCAGUGUUUUAUUUGGAUGGUCAGGAAAAAAAAACAACUUUAGGAUCAAUUGAAACUUUGUUGCAAUGUGUCAUUUAAGGUAUUUUUGAUUUUCUGGUUUUGGCUAUUUCUCGCUAUUUUUUCUCACACCUUGGAUUUGCAUGUCAGCAAUUUCUACUAUAAGAAUCCAGGUUAAAUCAAAUGCAAAUUUGCUUGUAGAAUAAUGUUUGUUUGAAUAUUUGCUGGUUUGCAUUUAGUCUGCACUUGACGUCUCUCUUAAGAGGAGGACAGAAGAACAAUGCUGUACUCCCUACAAAUUAGACUGUCACUGUAAAACCUGAAAAAGAAUAUCACAGUUUUACUAUAUAUCUAAAAAUUAAUGUGACCUGAUGAUUGGUUUUCUUUAAAACAGAAAAGCCAUCAUUACUCAUACUGCUGCUUAAAUAAUAUUACUUAUUGAUUUUUAAUAUAAUAUGAAUUUGUCUAGAAAUUUUUUGAAACCUAGUGUUUAGCAACAACUUCGACAAGACCUCCUCUACAUUUAGUAGCAGUUUUGUGCAGAAUAUGGCACCUUCUUGCCGUUCUGUUUUGUUCCGUUUACCAACAGUGUAACAAGCAGAUAUUAGUUUUUUGAGCUUUCUGCUAGACUAGCAGCCUGCAGUCAGACCUGGUGCUUGGAGCUGUAAACUGUAAUAAAACAAAAAAGAGAGAUGGAUGGUGUUCCUCUAGUUUCCACACUAUGACUGGGCAUAUUUUCAAAUAGCUGAAUUAGAUUGUUAUUUUUCCAUAAGAGACAGGAAUAAAUUAUUGGAGGCUUCUUUCUGCCAGUCCAGCUUUUCGCUUAAUUAGCUAGCCUGCAGCCAGCUGCUUACCAGAUAUGUUGCUAGCCAACUGUAGUUUUAAUGCAGCGUUCACUUAAUAAGGGUGAUCGGUGGUCCUCUGUUGGUUUGCCGAAUGGCAGUGUGAUUUAUGAACUUGCAAAUUUUCAAAACCUUGUACCUUUAAAAGUACCUCCAAAAAUGUAUUUUAAAAAUAAUCAGCUAGGAGGAAAUAUUACACAAUCACAAAUGAGGUUCAGCCUGUUGAAUAAGUGAUUUGGCCUUUUUUCGGGCACCAUGCAGUGUUUUCAGGCCUCAUUGGUGGGUUUUCAACAGCAUCCAUUCAUGUGUCAUGUUUUUUGUUGGUUUUCUUUUCAUUUAAAUGUGCUGGUAAUCUUUACCAGGUAAUCGUGGACUGAAAGCAGCUUUCCACUAGUGAAAACAAGGGUGUUGUGUGGUUUUUUUAAAACAUUUCAUCUCAAGCACUUUAUAACCCUUUUGUGCAACCUGCUCCUCCUGAUUAUCUGUCCCUCCAUAGCUCUGUAAAGAUCAAGCUAAAUUUGUACGCAAGAGAAAAAGAAAGAAAGCAGUUGUCUUUGUAAUGAUAAAUCCAUUUUAAUUAAAUGCUUUCACAUUUGGUAUAGCGUUUAUGUAGAAUGCUAACUUACUGUUGAAUGCUAGUUCAGUCUCAGUGGUCCAAUCAAGCCUGUCCAGAAGCAGCCAGUCCAUCAAGAGCAUUGUUAUUUUCACUGUUUGAGUGGUUCAUUGGGCCUUUUGUCUUUUACACACCCACUAGCUGUCCUAAAUAUUCUUUUAUCUUUUAUUCUGAAAUGAAGGAUUUGCAUUUAGUUCUCCUUUGUGUACCGAUUCACUGCAGACUGUUUUACCUUGUUUCCGAUGUUUUGUCUCAGUGUUUGUAGAGUGUACAGAGUGGCACUGGAUGAAGUUUUAUGACUCGUCUCUAUCAUUUUGAGCUAACGCUCUCUGUUACUUAGAGGCCGAAGUUUUGAUUUUACCUGUGGUGCUAUGUACAGGGGUGGUUGGCGCCUCUGCUGUGAUGUUAACCAUUUCUAAUAGCACUGGCUUUACUUUUAAUGUUUGCAGCAAAGUUGAGUCCACAGAGUUGGCUGCUUCUUGUGGGUUCACGCUGAAGUGCAGCCAGGCGUACCAAAGCUCCUGUUGUGAUUGGUCCCCAUCCCGUGUCAUGCUCAUUCUCGUGGAUGCCCUUAUGAUGUUUACUCAUUUCUACAGAUGAAUGCAGCUCUCCUGUGGAAAGCAAUUCAGCAGAUUUACAAAACACAAAAAGGUACUUUCCACCAAUUUGAUAUAGUGCAUGAAUCAGGGUUCCUACGCAGUUUGGAAAAAAGAACAUUUGAUUUCAGUAUUUUCCAGAUCUGCAUGAAAAAUUGUGAGAUUUCCAGACUUCAUUCCCUGCCCCACUGUAUACAUAUUGUGAUUCCCUAUGUUCCUUCUUCCUUGCAUCCUUCUUUCUGUCUUUGGAUUCUUCCAUUGUUCCGUGUCCUUCCAUACUUCCCAUGUACGCCCUAGUUUCCUUGGGUCCUUUCUUCCUUGCGGUUUUAAAUCUUGCCGACCACCAUAACAUAACGAACAUUUAUAUUUAAGAAUGAGUAUGGAAUUUCAACAUAAGCAUUGAGUGGGAACCCUGAUGAUUUUUUUUUCCAUGCAGAAUGACCCUGCUGUACUCUCCAUAUUCAAAUGUAGCCAAUUUGGCAUUAUCAAAAAGGCAAUUUUUGAUAAAUAUUCAGUUAGUAUAGCAUUGGUCAUAAAUGCAUUUUGUUUACAUUUCAUAGUCAUACUCUUGUCCUGCAGCUAUUAGUGAUCCAUUUUAAAUUAACUUAUCUUUUUUUUUUUUUUUUUUUGUAUCCAUGUAUCUAAGUGUAGAGUAUUUUUGUAAAGACAAAGCUUUUUUUUUUGGUUUAUGCGCAUGGCACAAGAGAUAUCAUUGAGAGUGUGCUUUUCUUGAGGUGAAGCGCUGGUUUACUGUGAACUGUUUUGAAGUUAAGAAAUGUAUCAAGAGGACAUCGUUAUUGAUUUUACCCAAACUGUGCAAACCUAAUGUGUGGGCAAGUCUUCUCUUUUUUUUUUUAUCUUGUUUUAUUUUUAACUUUAGUUUUCAUGUCAUGCAUCUCAAAUGGCACUUUGACUCAUCUGUUUUACUGUAGAUCAGGUUAGAGCGCAGCCACGCCGUCUCGAAGCAUUCCGUUCCUCUCGGUCAGGGGAGAUUUUCAAGAGCACACGAUGUUGUGGAAGAACCGUGGAAAGGUUAAUGCCUCUCAAAGCCAUACCAACACAGAAAGCCAACCUGUGACUUUGCUUUCAUGAAUGUAAAUUUUACCUCAUGGUGUGGACACCUGGCUUGGUCUACAUCCGACAUCGGACCAAUUACCGUUUUAGAGAUUUUUUUUUUGAGGCAAAGGGAAUAUAAGCGGGAGGGGCACCAGCUGUCGUUUGUGUCUCCAUAUAAUUGUAUUCUCUCUGAUUGUGGUUUGGUUUCAUGUCCAGCCCAUAACAUUUUCCAGUGACCCGGUAUAAAAAGAAGAACCUUGUUAAAUAUUGAUUGAACUGUGGUGAAGAGAGCACACACACACACACAUCUCUGCGUUAUAUCUGGAUUUUUUUGUCCCUUCAUUCAUGUAGGUGAAUAUCCACGUAUAUUUAAAUGUGAAAUAUACUGCAGGGGUAUCUUGAAUUUCAAUUGUGAUGCUUUCAACAGAACUUUGUGUGCCUUGACAACUUAACAAUUGCUCUGCUGUGUUUACUGGCGUCCCUUUUGCGUCCCUGCUCCUUGUCCUUUUUAUCCUGUCUGACCCCGUAACAUGAAUCAUUUCAGCAGUCAUAAACAUAGAUCACAUUGAUAUAUUUUCUUGUAAUUUAGUCGAGAUAUAAGUGAUUUUUAUCAAAUUAUUGCGCAGCUUGACAUGUUUGUAGUUUUCAGUUGACGUUUUCCACGCCUCAUGAGAUUCGUAAAUGUAAGGUAAAAGGGACAAGACCGUGGCGAUUGUUUUUGUAGAAAACCUCGUGUUGGUGUACUUGUCAACAUUCGUUGAUGUGAAUCGCUCGAACAAAUGGGGCAGCCAUCAUAAGUUAACUGUUUGCCAAUAGUGUGAGCUGUAUCUUGUGCAUAAUCAGUUUGCUCACGUUUCCUAGUUUGCUUUCUACUUCACAUCCUUCUGCGGUUCUGUUGUAUCGGUUUUGUGUAGCUUGAGCUUUAGUAUCUUAGCCUUAAGACCCUGCAGUAAGGAUAAAGGUCAACCCCAGUGUUAUACAUUUGAACUAUUAUUAACAUGUACUUUGCCUUUGUCUUGACAUUUGUAUACUCUUCUGUUUAUAUCUGUAAUCCUGCUGCUACAUUAAAUGAAUUAAUAAAAAUUUAAA